UCUUUCCCAGUCCCAAGGCUCUGAGAACUUGAGAGAUCUUUGAGCACUUGACCAGUAUUUAAUUUUGAGUGCUUAUAAAACCUGAGCUACAGCAUUUCUGAGUCUCCUCACAUAAAUGGUGAUUACCUGGACCAGGCUACUGAGUCCAGCUUGAAGAGUUAAUUUUCCCACUUAAUGUCUUUCAGACCCAGAUUCUCCUCAAUGCCAAGAACCAAUUUCACAGUGGUAACGAAGUUUACCUUUGAAGGUUUCUCUAUUUUUGGGUGGCACCAUAGACUCAUCCUCUUUGUGGCAUUUUUGAUCUUAUACCUGCUAACCCUUGCCAGUAAUGCUAUCAUCUUGACAGUUAUUCACCUGAACCGUCAACUUCACACACCCAUGUACUUCUUCCUAAGUGUGCUGUCCAUUUCUGAGACUUGUUAUACCGUGGCCAUCAUCCCCCGAAUGCUGUCCAGUCUCCUCAACCCAGAACAAGCCAUCUCCAUUCCAGAGUGUGCCAGCCAGCUCUUCUUCUAUCUCACUUUUGGUGUCAACAACUGCUUCCUGCUCACAGCUAUGGGGUAUGACCGGUAUGUGGCCAUCUGUAACCCUCUACGAUAUUCAGUCAUCAUGGGAAAAAAGGCAUGCUUGCAACUGGCAGGUGGGUCCUGGAUCAUUGGGCUGAGCACAGCCAUCAUCCAGGUGUCUUCUGUGUUCAGUCUACCCUUCUGUGAUGCUAACGUCAUCUCCCACUUCUUUUGUGACAUCCGGCCCCUCAUGAAGCUCGCCUGUGCUGACACCACCAUCAAGGAAUUUAUCACUUUGCUCAUCAGCCUGUAUGUUCUUGUUCUGCCCAUGGUCUUGAUCUUCAUCUCCUAUGUCCUGAUUGUCACCGCCAUCUUCAAGAUUGCAUCUGCUGAGGGCCGGAAGAAGGCCUUUGCAACCUGUGCCUCACACCUCACAGUGGUCAUUGUCCACUAUGGCUGCACCUCUUUCAUCUACCUAAAACCCAAAUCCCAAAAUUCCCUGCAGGACAGGCUCAUCUCAGUGACAUACACUGUCAUCACUCCCCUCUUAAACCCUGUUGUAUACACCCUGAGGAACAAAGAGGUCAAAGACUCCUUGCUCAGAGUUUUGGGGAAAAAAAAACCUUCUCUUAGAUGCUAGUCAGUCUCAAUAGCAAUGAAGUGAAAAAUACUUGUUGAGGUGACACAAUGAGGAAGUUAUUCAGAUAACAGAUAGUAUGAGGACACCAAGUGCCUGAUCUGGGAAUGUGGUUGGGGGUGGGGAUAAAAUAAAACAAAGAAGGAAAAUACUCAUGAUAUAAGAGAUGGAUGGAUUUGCCAA